GUGUCAUGUUAUAACUCACGGGUAGCCAUUUUGUUUUGUCGUGGAAUUAAAUCUUAUUAAUAAAACAAAGUCUAAUUUAAAUACUUUAAAUGAUUUACAAAGUGAAUGUUUAAUUCGAAAAUGAACGUGGAUACAUUGAAACGUAAAAUAUGCAAUACAUGUCUUAGUUUAGAUCGCGAAAUAAUAAUAUUAAAUGAACAAUCAGAUUUAUAUCAAGUUUAUCGACUAUUAAUAUCAGAAUUCGCUGGUGAUCUGGAUCCAUUAUCUGAAAAGGGUUUAAAGGCGUGUUGGGAAUGUAUUGCUAUGAUGAAAAGAUUCAAUAAAUUCAAAAGGCAAGUCAGCAGCGCUCAACAGCAUCUUCAAAGAUUUGGUGAAUCUAAGGACCCAAAUCUUUUAUCAUUUUCUCCGCCUCUAUCAUCACUGCAGAUAUUAAUUAAGCCCGGAUUUGAUAAGAUUUAUAUUGAACAAUCUACAAUGCAAAUAAAUUCACAAAGGAAUAACACAUUAGAGAAAAUAAAGCAUGAACCAGAAGAUAUUGAGAAAGAUAAAGAGAAAUUAGAAGAUUUAAUGGACAAUGGAACAGUAUCACAUAUAGAGGUUAAAAUAGAACCUUUAGCGAUGGAUAUAGGACAAAAAGAUCCAAAUGAACUUGUCCAACCAGAUACACUUAUAUUUGGAACAUCUAAACAACUAAAUCAGACUAAUUUACUGCAAAAUGCAUUACUAAUUGAACCUAAACAAAUAACUCUUGUAAAAGAGCAGAGAAAAAAGAAACGCGUUAAAAAUAAAUCGGAUCUUAGAAGUGGAUAUAUAACUGAAUAUAUGAAUGAAAAUGACAUGCUAGCUUUUAGGGAAGAAGCGAAGAAGAAAAUUUACUACACUGAAGCUGCACACAAGUGUGAAAAUUGUAUCCUUGGCUUCUACACUAAACAGCAUUUAGAGGAACACUAUGAAUUCGCACAUAAAACUAGGGAGGGCACCGCGCCGUGCAAGGUGUGCUACUCGUACGUGGAGGAGGGGCGCGUGUCGCAGCACAUGCAGGGCCACUACGUGCGGCACGUGUGCCGGCUCUGCGGAGGCUAA